UUUGUUUCUCAUUUUAGUCGCUAUUGUUGUUUUCAGGGAGCAGGUAAUGGACUGAUAUCACCAAAACUGAUAAGUAAAGUAUUUUAUUUGACCAAAAUGGACGGAGGUGCACUUUAUCGAUCGCUGAAAUAUUACGUUUUAACACAACAACAACAAGAAUUUAAUGGUUAUCCUCGGCCACAUUACGACAAGGAUCGUGCUGUAAUUAAUUCGAAAAACAUCACUCAAGUAAAAUCAAUGCCAGGUCUCAAAUUGGCACCUGACGAACGGAUUUGCGAUCGUUGCACUACCGUUUUUAGAGUUGAUUGCAAAGGGAUGCCCAUCAGAAGAGACGAUCCUUGUUCGUAUCACUGGGGUAGAUCGUAUCAACGUCGUGGACACAAGACGCCCUACACCUGCUGCUCUCGCGAGUCAAACUCCAUUGGCUGCACGGUAAACCAAUGGCACAUUAGUGAAAAUUUAGACAAUUUGAAAGGAUUCAUCCGCACGACGGACAAGCCCCAGCCGGCGGAUGGAAAUUACGGGGUAUACGCGCUCGAUUGCGAAAUGUGCUACACUACCGAAGGUGGCGAAGUGUUGCACGUGACGGUCGUCUCUUCCGAAUGCGAAAAAGUCCUGGACACGUUAGUGAAGCCGACCAAUCCCGUUCUCGAUUACAACACCCGAUUCAGCGGAAUUUCAGAACAAGAUUUACGAUGCGUUACAACGACUUUACGAGAUGUGCAGGAUAUAUUACUCGACAAGUUUUCUAACAAGACCAUUCUGAUUGGGCAUAGCUUAGAUGGAGACCUGCGAGCUUUACGACUGAUACACGAUACGGUUAUUGAUACUGGUGUCGUUUUCCCGCAUUCCCAAGGUCCGCCUUUCAAAAGAGCUCUAAAGACACUCUGCCAGGUAUAUUUGAGCAGAAAUAUUCAGAAAGAAGGUGGAGGGCAUAGCUGUGCCGAAGAUGCUAUCGCAUGUAUGGAACUCAUGAUGUGGAAAGCUAAAAGUUGUUGAUGUCUUAAACAUUAUUAUCUAUACUUUUAUUUUAUCGCAUGUAGUGGAAUUACCCCUUAAUCGGUUAGUAGUACUGUAUUAUUCCUAGAACAUGUUGAUCUCUUCCGACAAGGUUAUACUGUAGCACCAGAGAGUGCAAAUGACGUUGUUUGGACGAUGUUUUCCUAAUAAAGAAUCGCAGUUAAAACGUU